CACAUCCAUACCAUACCAACACUGCGUCGUGCUGCCUAUGGACGGCCCGCCGCUGCCCUGCCCUUCUGCCGCUCGCCCCAGGUGAAGCACACACAAUGGCGCAGCAGAGCGCGCUGUCGUCGGCGCUGGACCGCAUAGUGCAAGAGCUGCGCUCCAGACACGAUGACACACGGCAAAAGGGCGCACACAACCUGCGGCAAACGGUCGAGGCGGCGCAUCGAGAGCUGGCGCCGGCUGUCUUCACCAGCUUCUACGGCGAAGUCUACGGCAAGAUCUCGAGCCUCAUCGUUGGCGGCAGCGACUCCAACGAGCGCAUCGGCGGCAUCCACGCCCUCAACGCCCUGAUCGACUUCCGUGGCGACGAUGCUGGCACUAAGACGACGCGCUUCGCCUCAUACCUGCGCGCCGUCAUGCGCGGCCAGGACACGACGUCGAUGGUCGUCGCCGCAAAAGCCCUGGGCCGCCUCGCGAAGCCCGGCGGCACCCUCACCGCCGAGCUGGUCGAGGCCGAGGUCAAGGGCGCCCUCGAAUGGCUGCAGCUUGAGCGCCUGGAGACGCGUCGCUUUGCCGCCGUGCUGAUCCUGCGCGAGCUGGCUAAGAACUCGCCCACGCUCAUGUACCAGUGGAUUGCCCAGAUCUUCGAGGUCAUCUGGGUCGCCCUCCGCGAUCUCAAGGUCCUCAUCAGGGAGUCGGCCGCAGAGGCCAUCAGCGCCUGCUUCGAGAUCAUCUCCCCGCGCGACUCGGCCAUGCGCCAGCUGUGGUUUGGCAAGGUCUACGAGGAGAUCUUCAGGGGGUUCAACAUGGGCACCAACGAGGCUAUCCACGGCUCUCUGCUCACCAUGAAAGAGCUGCUGGAUAAGAGCGCUUACUUUAUGAACGAGGCGCGCUUCAAGGAGACGGCCGAGACGGUCCUCAAGUACCGCGAGCACAGGGACACACUCGUCCGUAGAGAGGUCGUGCUGAUCAUUCCGCGACUCGCCAGUUAUUCGCCCACCGAGUUCGCUGCGAAAUACCUCCAUCAAUGCAUGGUGCACCUGCAGGGACUGAUACGGAGGGACCGCGAUCGCGACAAGGCCUUUGUAGCCAUCGGCCAGGUCGCAAACGCUGUUGGAGUCGCCAUCUCUCCCUACCUGGAGGGCAUCCUGGGCUUUAUCCAGGAAGGUUUAACAGCCAAAGCCAAGAACAGGGCAGCCACCAAUGAGGCUCCGAUAUUUCAGUGUCUUAGCAUGAUCGCAGCAGCUGUCGGACAAGCUCUUACUAAGAGCGUGGAGCGACUGCUGGAUCCCAUCUUCUCAUGCGGGCUGAGCGACUCACUCUUUCAAGCCCUCGUCGACAUGGCGCACUACGUACCGCCCUCAAGGCCAAUGAUUCAGGAGAGGCUUCUCGACCUGCUCAGUCAGAUCCUUGCACAGCGACAAUUCCUGCCACUCGGCAGCCCUUAUCAGGUUUCACAACCACCAACGAUCUGGUCGCGAGAUCGACAAGAUCCCGCCAUCAUUCCUGCGCGAGAAGCUGAGAUCGCUCUUGCACUCCAUACGCUGGGCAGCUUCGACUUCACCGGCCAUGUACUGAACGAGUUUGUUCGCGACGUUGCCAUUCGCUACGUUGAGGCAGACAACCCAGAGAUUCGCAAGCGUGCCGCUCUGACAUGCUGUCAGCUGUUUGUCAAAGACCCAAUUGUACAUCAGACUAGCACUCACGCUACCAAAGUCGUCGGCGACAUCAUAGAAAAGCUCUUGACAGUCGGUGUGGGCGACGUUGAUUGGGAGAUCCGGUGGGAAGUCCUCCUUGCGCUCGAUGCUCGCUUCGAUCGACAUCUCGGAAAGGCGGACAAUGUGCGAACGCUGUUCUUGGCUCUCAACGACGAGGUAUUCGUCAUCCGACAAGCUGCAAUGUCCAUCAUCGGACGUUUGACAGCUGUGAACCCGGCCUACGUAUUCCCGUCUUUACGCAAAGUCCUCCUGCAGCUACUCACCGAGGUUAACUACGCCAACAGCCCGCGGAGCAAAGAGGAGAGCGCCAAACUCAUUAGUAGCCUGGUCGGCGCUGCCGACAGUCUCAUCAAGCCGCUCGUUGACCCAAUCGUUACUGUGCUCCUACCCAAGGCAAAGGAUCCCAACCCGGAAGUCGCAUCGACCACGCUCAAGGCCAUUGGUGAUCUUGCCUCGGUCGGCGGUGAGGACAUGAUCAAGUAUAUUCCUGAGCUGAUGCCUAUCAUUCUGGAUUUUAUGCAGGAUUUGAGCUCGGAUUCGAAACGCUUCGCUGCGCUCAAAGCCCUUGGGCAGCUCGCUACCAACGCCGGCUAUGUCAUCGAACCGUACAGAGAUUACCCGGAGCUGAUGAACAUCUUGAUGAGUAUUGUCAAGACGGAGCCCGAGGGAGAGCUGAGGCGAGAGACCGUCAGGCUCAUGGGUACGCUCGGCGCUCUGGAUCCAGACGAAUACCAGAAGAUUAUGGAGCAAUCACCAGAUCAACAACUCAUCAUGGAAGCGCAGUCUGUCACCGACGUCACGCUCAUCAUGCAAGGCAUCACCCCCUCAAACGAGGAGUACUACCCCACUAUCGUCAUCAGUACGCUCAUGGGGUUACUGAAAGAUUCGUCACUGAUGCAGUUCCAUUCAGCCGUUGUCGAUGCUGUCAUGAACAUCUACGCCACCAUGGGACUGAAGUGUGUACCGUUCCUCAACCAGGUCGUACCCGGAUUCCUUCAGGUCAUUCGUUCAACUCCGGCUGGACGAUCCGAGGGCUAUUUCAACCAGCUCAGUCAGUUGGUGCGUAUUGUGCGCCAACACAUUCGUCCCUACCUGCCUUCGAUCUUGACAUGCGUCAAAGAGUACUGGGGUAACAAUCCGCAAUUGCAAGCUACGAUCCUGUCGCUCAUUGAAGCUAUUGCACGGUCGCUCGAGGGUGAGUUCAAGGUCUACUUGGCAGACGUCCUGCCCCUCAUGUUGAGCGUGCUUGACUCGGACACAACCGGGAAGAGACUGCCAUCUGAGAGAGUACUACACGCUUUCUUGAUCUUUGGAUCAAGCGCUGAAGAGUAUAUGCACCUGAUCAUCCCCAUCAUGGUCAAAAUGUUUGAUAAGCCUGGUCAACCACAGCAAAUUCGCAGACUUGCGAUAGAGACGCUGGGUCGUUUGUCGAAGCAAGUCAAUGUCUCUGAGUUCGCUGCACGAAUCAUUCACCCGCUAUGUAGAGUCCUCGCAGGCAGCGAUCCAGCUCUCAAGCAGACAGCUCUUGAAACGCUCUGUGCGUUGAUCUUUCAGCUGGGGCCUGACUACGUCCACUUUAUACCGACAGUGAACAAGGUUCUGAUCGCGAACAAAGUGGAACACGCCAAUUAUGGGCGUAUUGUUUCCAAGCUGCAGAAGGGCGAGCCUCUGCCUCAGGACCUAAGCCCAGAUGAGCGGUACGGAGAGGACGACGAGGACCUCAAUCCUGCAGAAAUCCUCACCAAGAAACUGGCAGUCAACCAGCAGCAUCUGAAGGCUGCUUGGGAAGCUUCGUCGAAGACCACCAAAGAGGACUGGGUUGAAUGGAUGCGUCGUUUCAGCGUCGAGCUUCUUCGAGAGUCACCGCAACAAGCGUUGCGCGCCUGCACGCCGCUCGGCAGCAUCUACAACCCCAUUGCAAGGAGUUUGUUCAACUCCGCGUUCGUGUCGUGCUGGACUGAACUAUACGACCAGUAUCAGGAAGAGCUCGUCCGAUCGAUUGAGGCUGCGCUCACAUCGCCGAACAUCCCACCUGAAAUCCUGCAGAUCCUGCUCAACCUGGCCGAGUUCAUGGAACAUGACGACAAAGCUUUGCCAAUCGAUGUCAGGAUACUGGGAAUGUAUGCCGGCAAGUGUCACGCUUUUGCAAAGGCCUUGCAUUACAAGGAGUUGGAGUUCAACGCAGAGCAAAACUCCAGUGCAGUCGAGGCCCUGAUCAGUAUCAACAACCAGCUGCAGCAAACAGACGCGGCUUUCGGAAUCCUGCGAAAAGCCCAGGGGUAUACGGACGUCGAGCUCAAAGAGACAUGGUUCGAGAAGCUGCAGCGAUGGGACGAAGCUCUACACUCUUACCAGCGCAGAGAACAAGAAGAGCCAGAUUCAUUCGAGAUCACCAUGGGUAAGAUGCGAUGUCUGCACGCGCUCGGCGAAUGGGAUCUGCUCUCGAGUCUUUCGAAAGAGAAGUGGGCCAAUGCCAGCCAGGAGUACCGCAAGGCAAUUGCACCGCUUGCUGCAACCGCUGCAUGGGGUCUGGGCAAGUUCGCGGACAUGGACUCGUACCUGAGCGUCAUGAAAGAGCAAUCGCCGGAUCGAGCGUUCUUCGCCUCUAUCCUUAAUAUUCACAACAACAGGUUCGAGAUUGCUAUCGAAGAGAUUGCGAAGGCUCGCAAGGGCCUCGACACAGAGCUCAGCUCGCUUCUUGGCGAGUCGUACCAGCGCGCCUAUCUGCCAAUGAUCCGUGUACAGAUGCUGGCUGAGCUGGAAGAGAUCAUGCUGUACAAACAGCUGGGCAUCAAGGAGAACCGCGAAAAGCAAGCAUCCAUGCGCAAGACCUGGAUGAAGCGACUAAAGGGGCUGCAACCCAACCCUGAAGUCUGGCAGCGCAUGAUGAAGGUCCGACAGCUCGUCAUCUCGCCAGAGGAGGGCACCGAUAUGUGGAUCAAGUACACCAACCUCUGUCGCAAGAACAAUAGAAUGAACCUCGCGAACAAGGCGCUGCAGAAGCUGCUCAACAUCGAGGGCUCAGGCGAUCACAGAGUCGUCGAAUAUGUGCGCGAGAACGCACACAAGAUCUCCCACCCUGUGGCGUACGCAACCUACAAAUACAUGUGGGCUGAUCAGCACACUCAACAAGAAGCCCUCGACUCCAUGAAGGACUUCACGGCCCGGCUAUCAGACGAUCUUACGAUGCGCGCUAGGGCCGCCUCGCAUCCGAUGAUGGGACAGAAUGGCAUAAACGGCAUGAAUGGCAUGACCAACGGUCAUCCUCAGCUGUUCAACAACAUGAAUCCCUUCGCCGCUUCGAAUGGUGUCAAUGGCAUAGCAGGCUCCAGUAUACUCAAUGGCUCUGCUAUGGGUGUCUCGCCAGCCGAACUGGCCGAGUGUCACCGUCUCCUAGCCAAGUGUUACUUGAAGCAGGGCGAUUGGCAACAAGAGCUCCAGGGUGGAGAAUGGGAGCACGAAUACGUCCAUGAGAUUCUAUCAGCUUACGCUGCAGCUACGAGGUACAACCACAACUGGUACAAGGCAUGGCACGCGUGGGCGCUCGCCAAUUUUGAAGUCAUCAACUCCAUUACGUCGAAGGCCGAUCGGGAGUCUACAGAUGUGCCCUCUAACAUGGUGCACGAUCACGUCGUCCCUGCUAUUCAGGGUUUCUUCAAGUCCAUUGCGCUGUCUUCGACUAGCUCGCUACAGGAUACGCUUCGUCUUCUUACGCUGUGGUUCAUGCACGGCGGCCUUCCGGAGGUCAAUAGGACGAUCACCGAAGGAACCAAGUCAGUACCGAUCGAUACCUGGUUGGAGGUCAUUCCACAGCUGCUCGCUCGCAUCAACCAACCUAACCCUACUGUGCGCCAGUCGAUCCAUCAGCUCCUAAUUGAGGUCGGCAAAGCGCAUCCACAAGCUCUUGUCUUCCCCUUGACUGUCAGUAUGAAGUCGGACGUCUCGAGGCGCCAGAGAUCCGCCAAAGAGCUCAUGGAGGCAAUGCGCGAGCACUCUCCUCUUCUUGUCGAACAGGCCGAUCUUGUCAGCCACGAACUCAUUCGCAUCGCUGUGCUCUGGCACGAGCAGUGGCACGAGGGUCUCGAGGAAGCGAGUAGACUGUACUUCGGCGAUCAUAACAUAGACGGCAUGUUCGCAACGUUGGCGCCACUACACGCGAUGCUCGACAAAGGUCCAGAAACGUUACGCGAAAUAAGCUUUAUCCAAUCCUUUGGCCGCGAGCUCCAAGAGGCUCGCGACUGGUGCAACACGUUCAGGACCUCUGGGGAAAUAGGCGAUCUCAAUCAGGCAUGGGAUCUCUACUACCAGGUGUUCCGCAAGAUCGCCCGCCAGCUACCGUCUCUCAUGUCCCUUGAGCUGCAAUAUGUCUCACCAAAGCUCAAGGACGCUCAUGAUCUCGAGCUCGCUGUUCCGGGAACAUACCAGGUUGGCAAGCCAGUUAUUCGUAUCAUCUCUUUCGAUCCCCUCGCCUCUGUUAUCCAGUCCAAGCAGCGGCCCCGUAAGCUGGAGAUGCAGGGCAGCGAUGGCAAGCCACAUACCCAUAUUCUCAAAGGCCACGAAGAUAUUCGUCAGGACGAGCGUGUCAUGCAACUAUUCGGUCUCUGCAACACUCUCCUGGCCAACGACGUCGAGUCGCGCAAGCGACACCUCAACAUUCAGCGCUAUGCAGCUGUGCCGCUUAGCACGCAGUCCGGUCUUCUCGGCUUUGUACCAAACAGUGAUACCCUGCACGUUCUCAUCAGAGAGUACCGUGAUAGCAGAAAGAUUCUUCUUAACAUCGAGCAUCGUAUUAUGCUGCAGAUGGCUCCGGACUACGACUGCCUUACUCUCAUGCAGAAGGUGGAAGUCUUCGGGUACGCACUCGACAAUACCACUGGUCAAGACUUGUACCGCGUACUCUGGCUCAAGAGCAAGAGCUCUGAAGCCUGGCUUGACCGCCGUACCAACUACACACGCUCGCUCGCCGUCAUGUCGAUGGUCGGUUACAUUCUUGGCCUCGGUGAUCGUCACCCGUCUAACUUGAUGCUCGACCGAGUGACUGGCAAGAUUGUGCAUAUCGACUUCGGUGAUUGUUUCGAGGUCGCUAUGCACCGCGAGAAGUACCCUGAGCGCGUGCCGUUCCGUCUCACGCGCAUGUUGACGUACGCCAUGGAGGUCAGCAAUAUCGAAGGAAGUUACAGGACAACGUGCGAGCACGUCAUGCGAGUGCUGAGAGACAACAAGGAGUCUGUCAUGGCUGUGCUCGAAGCUUUCAUACACGAUCCUCUCCUCACAUGGCGCCUUGGCAAUCGUGGCGACUCUCCUCCCGAACCCAACUUCCCCUCUGAGCGCCGCCAAUCUAUUAUGGGCGACAUCACCGAUAUGGGUUCGAUGGUGCGGAAUCGACACAGGUCGAGCAUCGCGCCGCCCAACGAAGCAGAAGCAAAGGAAGUGCAGAACGCGCGCGCUCUACAGGUCUUGUCGCGCGUCAAGGAGAAGCUCACCGGUAAAGACUUCAGGCCCGGAGAGGAGCUGAACUUCCAGAUGCAAGUCGAUCGCCUGAUCAAGGAAGCGACGAAUCUGGAGAACUUGUGUCAGCAUUAUAUUGGUUGGUGCAGUUUCUGGUAAGCAGUCGGCGGACCUGGGCUGUAUUACUAGUGGAAAGAUGAAACGUAUGGUAUGGCUGGCGUAUCAGGGGGUGGGACAGGGCUUUGUGGCAUUUGCCUGUACCAUUAUGGCGUACAAACAGCGAACAGCAUUUGCGGGUGUUCUGGGAUUUUGGGCCCGAGACUCCAUGUAUCGCGAGUCUUGCAUUCUGUAUGGGUUGUAUUACUUUUACGUAGCCAUGACUGACUGUUACACACUCAUCACAAAUCUUCAACAGUUGUCUACGAGGUGAGGACGCCUGGAGAUAAGCCGGAUCGCUAGCCGGAUAGUGGAUACGCUAUUUGUGCACUCAAC